GUGGAUGUAAUGUCGUUCGUCAAGUUGAUAAGAUAACGAGCGUAAAAGUGUUGGCAAGUAGCAUAUAAAAGUUAGUGGUAUUAUUUGAUCAACGUUCAGAAAUCGCAUUUCCCUCGAAAUGUCAAGAUCAAGAAUGGAGGUGAAUCACUUGACAAUCGACGAAUGUGUGCUCGAGAAAGCGCUGCGAAGGAAAUUCUCGAACGAAACGGUGAAAAUCUUGCAUGCCGAGUAUUACUCUUUGUCGGAGAAGGGGCUGAACUUUCUCAGCGAUCUGUACGAGAUACACAUCAGAUAUACAGAUAUUUCUUCGAACAACGAGAAAACGAAGGAGUCAAAGUCGGUCAACGUGGUUGUUAAAGUUGAACCUCUGAACGAACUGUUGCACAGCAUCGUCUCCCAGCAAGACUUGUUCGUCACUGAGCUGAAAGUUUUACGCGACGUUCUACCCAGGAUAAAGAGAUUUGUUUCGCAGCAACUGGGCCCGGAUUUGUUGUACGGUUGCAACGAUUCUCGAAUUCUCAUAAUGGAGAACUUGAUCGAGAGAGGAUUCGCUAUGAAGGACCGCCAGAAGGGAUUGUCGCUUGAACAUUGCCGUUUAGUUUUGCAACAACUCGCGAGAUUGCACGCUGGAUCUGUCGCAGUUUUUGAACAGGACCCAGAAAUCGUUGAAUCUCUUACAGACGGUGGUAUUCUAUCGACCAAAUGCCCGAAAACUUUUAUACGAAUGAUGGAAGUGAGCCUGUUGCGGAUUGCCGAGGAAUUGAGAAGCUGGCCGGACGAGAAGUGCGCGUGCACGGCGAGCAAGCUAAUGAAAUUGUCGGGGACCAUCGGGGCCGAAUGUACCCAUAUCUAUGAUCAUGACGCCGAUGAAUUCUGUGUACUGAAUCACGGAGAUUGCUGGAUCAAUAACAUAAUGUUCAGAGAAAAUCAGAACGGUCAACCUGUCGAACUGUUAUUGGUCGACUAUCAAAUGUCCGUUUACACGUCGCCGGCGGUCGAUCUGUUGUACUUUCUGAAUAUCUGUCCAGAGUUUGACAUAAAGUACACCGAGGACGAUUACUUUCUGAAAAUCUAUUUGAACACGUUGGAGGAGACGAUGAAAGAUACCGCUUGCAAGCGGAAACCACCGACGAUGAUGCAGUUGAAGGAAGCGAUGCACAAAAGGAGAUUGUACGCCGUAUUCUCUGGCGUCAUACUUUAUCUGCGAAUGAUGGCGAACAAGGAGGACACCGAGGAUUUCGUCCUGCUGUACGAUAAACUGUCAGGUGAAACCAGGAUGAACGUUUUCAAAAACCCGGACGCGGUGAAAUUAGCCCACAAGAUGAUCCCGAUUAUGGAUGAAAGAGGAUACUUUGAUUGAAACGAUUAUCUAUUGUCUAUAGUUGAUUGAUAUUUUACUUGGUAUUUCACGACGUGCCUAUUUAUAAAAUAUGACGACAAACAGCCUACCAUGCGAAUAGAAAAUAACGCGUAAUAAAAUUC